GAAGUCCCAAGACCCAACUCGAGAAGGAAGACCAAAAGUGUCGACGAAGAGAUUUUUGGUAGAAAUCGAAAAACGUUUUCCGAGACGCACAGGGAAAGAAGGGGAUAAGCAGAAUCAGAGAUGGCGACGAACAUUGGAAUGAUGGAUUCGGCUUAUUUCGUUGGCAGAUCUGAGAUUCUCGCAUGGAUCAACUCCACUCUCCAACUUAACCUAUCGAAAGUGGAAGAGGCUUGUUCCGGUGCGGUUCACUGCCAGCUGAUGGAUGCAGUGCAUCCGGGCAUGGUGCCGAUGCACAAGGUCAACUUCGACGCCAAGAGCGAGUACGAGAUGAUUCAGAACUACAAGGUCCUUCAAGAUGUGUUCAACAAACUCAAAAUCACUAAGCACAUUGAGGUGAGCAAACUUGUAAAAGGGAGGCCGCUCGACAAUUUGGAGUUCAUGCAGUGGAUGAAGCGGUACUGUGAUUCCGUCAACAAAGAAACUUCGCAGAAUUAUAAUCCGCUGGAGAGGAGAGAUACCUGCAAGGGGGGAAAAGAGGCAAGUAAGAAAUCUGCACCAUCUCAGUCUUCAUCAAAGGGUUCAACAGCUGGCUCCAAGGCUCAGUCAUCCCACAAUGCUAGAAGGAUUGACGCAUCUGUGAACUCUGCAAAUCAUUCGGUGAAGGGCUCUAAACCUUCCAUUGCGGUGUCCGCAUAUGAUGAACAGAUUACAGAGUUAAAGCUUUCAGUGGAUAGCCUAGAGAAGGAGAGGGACUUUUAUUUCUCAAAACUGAGAGAUAUUGAGAUCUUGUGCCAGAGUCCUGGAAUUGAAGGCUUGCCUAUAGUUCAAGCGGUAAAAAAGAUCCUUUAUGCUACUGGCGAUGAUGCAUCUGUGGUGGAAGAAGCUCAGGCCAUGCUGUCUCUUCAACAAAAGGGAGCAGAGCCCUUGAGUCCUAUUGCUGAGCUGUCUGAAGAAAGAACCUCCUCUGAAAAUCAAAAGAGAAAGAAUAUUUUAAACCUUGAUGUUGAUACUGCGGGCAUCUCAUCUUUGUCGCCUAGGCAAAGGCUUUCCGACGCAUCUGAUGUUCACUGCAGUGGGUCACCGCUUAUGACUUACUGAUGGCCACCUGAUUUUCGUGAACUUAUUGUUCAUUCCAUCUGCCCCAAUCCAACUCUCAAAUGUAAUCUCAUGUGGAAAUGUUAGGAACCCGGAUUAUCUUUACGCCUAGGAGUGCACAGUAUUUGCUCUCCAAUCUUUGUUAUUUUACCUACAAAAAAUAUGUUGUCUACUUAAAUGUAUUGAACGUAAUUUUCCUUUUGCUUAAGGAAUAAGGAUCUA